ACGUGCUGGGGUGCAGGACCUCCGGGUGGCUGGACAGAAGGCGCCCCAAAAGGCGCCAACCCUACUGGGACCAGGACCCCGGCCACAGCUCGGCUCUUUUAAGGGGGGCUUGAACGUGCGGAACGCCGAGCCUGCGGCAGAGAAACGGAAGCUGGUGCGCAUGCGCCUGGUGUCGGCCGGGUCUCCGGCGAGUGCGCACGCGCGCUCUUGUCCCCGCCCAGCAUUCCGGUCGCCGGCGGGGCGUGUGACGUCAGGCAGUUUAAUCCGGAAACGGCGGCGGAGGCCGAGGCGACAGAACCAGGGUGUCGUUGGUGGGCGCUCCAGGGCUCGGAGCGAGAGGAGCGUGACCCGGAAACGGAAGCAAGUCCCCAUCCCAACUCCGGCUUCACACUUCCCCCCGGCCUACCGGUGGGAUUCUGCGGCCAUGGACCUGUUGUUUGGGCGCCGGAAGACACCUGAGGAGCUGCUGCGGCAGAACCAGCGCGCCCUGAACCGCGCCAUGCGAGAGCUGGACCGUGAGCGACAGAAGCUAGAGACCCAGGAGAAGAAAAUCAUUGCAGACAUCAAGAAAAUGGCCAAGCAGGGCCAGAUGGACGCUGUGCGUAUCAUGGCAAAAGACCUGGUGCGCACGAGGCGGUACGUGAGAAAGUUUGUGUUGAUGCGGGCCAACAUCCAGGCUGUGUCCCUCAAGAUCCAGACACUCAAGUCUAACAACUCAAUGGCACAAGCCAUGAAGGGCGUCACCAAGGCCAUGGGCACCAUGAACAGACAGCUGAAGUUGCCCCAGAUCCAGAAGAUCAUGAUGGAGUUUGAGCGGCAGGCGGAGAUUAUGGACAUGAAGGAGGAGAUGAUGAACGAUGCCAUUGACGACGCCAUGGGUGACGAGGACGAUGAAGAGGAGAGUGACGCAGUUGUAGCCCAGGUCCUGGACGAGCUGGGGUUGAGCCUGACAGAUGAGCUGUCAAACCUCCCCUCCACCGGAGGUUCCCUCAGUGUGGCUGCCAGUGGGAAGAAAGCAGAGGCUGCAGCCUCCGCCCUAGUCGAUGCAGAUGCAGACCUGGAGGAGCGGCUCAAGAACCUUCGAAGGGACUGACUGCCCACCAUGCCACCCCAGGAGCCCAGUGGAGGGCCCAGCAUUUUCAUUGUACCUUCUGUAAUAAAACAGAUU